ACUUGGGAAAGAAUUGAAAGUUAUUGAUGUCGAUAUUAUUAAUUAGGUUUGAAGGCAUCAUAUGAGUCAUUAUUUUGCAUAUAUAACACGUUGACCGAGGGUCUUAAGUCUUGUCAGCACGCCCGCUUUUUCACAGGUGAACUUUAACGUCUCCCCAUAGCAGAUCUAUUGAACUCUUAGGACCCUCCCUACCAUCGAAGGGCAUUUAAUUUUUUUCUUUUGUGUACCGGUUUUUAAUUUUAUUUUAACUGAAAAGUGUCGAUGUAAAUCUUUUUUGAAUGCAGUUCGACUAAACUUCGACUGAUGCCGUAAAAGUCAUUCAAAGGUCCCUUUUGCAAGCUUGGGUGAUUUUCUUAUCGUAGUGUGUAUAUUAAAUUUCUUCACAUACACGAAGUGGCUGUCUUCGUUUAUUUUCGUACAAAUAUUUUGUUUUAUGGAUCCCGCGUGAAAACGCCUUCUUCAAGACACAGAGUUCAUUUUUAAACAUUCAUUGCAUCCCCCACCAAGAUCGUCCCGAAAAUGGGAAAGGAAAGUGAGGCAAAUAAUGUAGGACUAGAAAUCCAAGAGGAGCACGGGGAAGGCAUCAAGAAGAGGGAAACAUGGAGCAGAAAAAUUGACUUUCUUCUAGCCUGCAUUGGAUUUUCUGUUGGACUUGGAAAUGUGUGGCGCUUUCCAUACCUCUGCUACAAGAAUGGAGGGGGUGCUUUCCUCAUUCCUUACUUCCUUUUGGUGAUCAUUGGGGGUGUGCCGCUGUUUUAUUUAGAAGUGGCAGUUGGUCAGUUUAUGGGAUUGUCAGGUUUCAGAGCUUGGGCCAUUUGUCCUCUUUUCCAAGGGAUCGGGAUAUCGUCCACCAUUGUCGUCUUUUUCCUGAAUUGUUAUUACAAUAUCAUCUUGUGCUGGUCUUUCUACUAUAUGUUUAGUUCCUUUGCUCUGGAACUUCCGUGGACGAAGUGUGGAAAAUGGUGGAACACGGAGAACUGCUACGACUUCUCUGAAUCCAAGAGUGAAUUUGUCACUAAUGUCACCGGGAGAGAAUUCUUCAAAGAUCUCGUCUGCAGCAAUCAAACACGUACAUACAUUGCUAUAUACAACAACAGUGGAAACAUUUAUAACGAAACCUUUGUUAACCAAUCCUGUGUACCGAAACACUUGCGUCUGGAUGCUGUACAAGAAUUCUGGGAGAACAAAGUACUGAAUAUUUCUGACGGAAUCGAACCAGAGAACAUGGGAGAGAUCAAGUGGGAUUUGGCCUUGACCUUGCUGUUCGCCUGGGUUGUUGUCUAUUGUUGUAUAUGUAAAGGCAUUAAAUCAUCUGGAAAGGUCAUGUAUGUAACAGCAACAUCGCCAUAUUUGUUCAUGGCUGCAUUGCUUAUCCGAAAUUCGCUUCUUCCGGGGGCAAGAGAAGGUGUCAUCUUCUAUUUAAAGCCAGAUCUUGCGAAAUUGGCUGACCUUGAGGUAUGGGUGGAUGCCGGUACGCAGAUUUUCUUUUCCUAUUCUAUAGCCAUCGGGGCUCUGACCGCUCUGGGAAGUUACAACACGUUCAACCAUAAUUCCUACAGAGAUUGCAUUAUAUUUGCCUGUGCAAACAGUGGUACAAGUUUCUUUGCUGGGUUUAUCAUUUUCACCAUUCUGGGACACAUGGCGGAUGUGCAGGGCGUGGAUAUCGCAGAUGUCGCUGCUGGGGGUCCUGGACUUGCAUUCAUAGCGUAUCCUAAGGCAGUGUCCCUUAUGCCUGGAGCUCCUGUUUGGUCCAUUCUGUUUUUCUUAAUGUUGAUUCUUUUAGGACUGGACAGUCAGUUUGUGGGUGUAGAAGGUGUAAUUUCUGCUGUUGUUGACCAAUGGCCGAAUUUGUUGCGCAGAGGCUACAGGAAAGAGAUCUUUAUCGGGAUAGUCUGUAUCUGCAAUUUUUUCAUAGGACUUUCCAUGGUGUCGAGGGGCGGAAUGUACGUAUUUCAGCUGUUUGAUUACUACUCCGGGAGUAAAAUCAUCCUCUUCAUAGCUUUCUUUGAAUGUAUUGCCAUUGCAUGGGUUUAUGGUAUAAGACGUUUCUAUGACAACCUUGAAAUGAUGCUGGGAUUCCGUAUCAAUCCAUACAUGAUGGUGGCAUGGACAGUUCUUUCUCCAAUCUUCUGCAUGUGUGUCUUUAUUAUGAGUGUGGUAAACUAUUCGGAGUUAGAUUACAAGAGACCUACUAAGCCUAAGUACUUUUUCCCGACCUGGGCUGUGGGAAUAGGCUGGGGGAUGGCGGCUUUCGCAGCCAUGUGGAUUCCAAUAAUGAUAAUUUAUCGCUUUGUACGAUUAGGAUUCUCCCGAGAGACAGUAAUGUACUUGAUAAAACCCCAAGGACUCAAAGAACAUCAACUACGUCCACAGGAUGGUGGAGCGACGAGCAUGACCACGGGUCCUGCUUCCAAAUACAAAGCAGAUGACAACCCUCCACCAUACAACGAAAAAAGUGGCAAUGCUAAUCCAGCAUUUCAAUCCGAUAGUGGAUUCAAUACAAAAUUAUAACUCAAAAGAACCUAUUAAUAAUAUGUAUAGCAUAAUUGUAUUUCUGUCCAAAACUUAAUUGAUAUUUUGUCAUUGAGAUACAUGGUUAAACUGGUGUUCAAAACAAAUGGCUUGCUCACAUUCGAGUCUUAUAUAUAUAUUUUAUUUUUGUACAAAUUUUGUAUAUUUUAUAUUUUUAAGAAAUUUUAUAUUUGUCCCUCAUUCCAAAUUCUCUGUGUAUUAAUCCUAUCCUCCUAAUUUUCUAGUUUGGCUAUGAACAGAUUCAUCUUUUGUAACAUCAUCCAUUAUGUUGGAUCUCUCAAGGAUUUUAAACAUUUAAUUUAUAUGACAUUUUGGUAACUGAGCAAGCUGAAAUACAUUCAAUGAUAUGAAUUCUUGUUUGGUGUUCAGUGGAUUUUUUUUUUUAUAGUUUUCUGAAGCACGCACUAUAGAUGAAGAAGUGUAAGGGUCAUUUGUGAUAAAAAUAAAAGAGUCCCAUAUAAUUUCUCAACAUACUUAUUUAUAAAGAAGUAAUCUCAAAGAUCAAUGAAUCUUAUUAUUAGUUAAUGUACUGAAUUUGACUCAUUUCUACAAUGGUUUUAUAAAUGUUUUGAACACAAUGUUUUAGUAGUAUAUUAC